AUGAGAACUGAUUUCAAUCGUCACGGACCACCUAGGUUCGAAGGCGAGGUUGAACCGGAGAAGGCCGAUCUGUGUAUCCAAGAGAUGGAAAAGAUCUUUGAGACCCUCCGUACCCCAGAUGCUGAAAAAGUGAAUCUUGUCGCCUUUAUGUUGAAGGGCGACGCAGAGUAUUGGUGGAGGAGCGCUAAGCAGCUGAUGACUGAUAACAAUGAGGCCAUCACCUGGGAGUCUUUCAAGCGAGCCUUCAUGGACAAGUAUUUUCCGGAGACCGCCAGAGAGGAAAUGGAGAACCAGUUCCUUAGGCUGAGACAGGGGACAAUGACUGUAGGGGAAUAUGCUGCCAAACUGGAGGCUCUAUCCAAGCACUUCCGUUUCUCUCAAGUGCAGGUGGAUGAGGCUUACCUUUGUAACCGAUUCUUGCGGGGUCUAAAGAAUGAGAUUGAGAAAGUUGUUAGGCCUCUGGGAAUCAGGGUUUAUAAACAGGUGGUUGAGAAAGCCCGAGAAGUGGAAGCAAUGGAGAACAGACAAAGAGGCCGCCCUGAUAAUGGAGGAUCAGUUCGCUCAGGGCAGAGUCAACCAGAAAGGUACAGUGGACAUAAAUCAGCUGGAAGGUUUGAUAGAGGCCACAUUGAGAGAGAUUGCCCCAAUGCUGCAAAGGGUGAGCUAGUGCUGAACACAGCUAGAGGAAGGCGACCUUCUGCUCCAGGUCAGGUGUUUGCAAUUUCUGGCGAACAAGCUGCUGUAACUGAUGAUCUUAUCCAGGUGUCCAUUGAUCUACGAGGAUCGGAAGUGAACCUCGUCUGCUUAGGGCUCAAGGAGCUCGAUGUGAUUCUAGGGAUGGAUUGGUUGACACAGUAUCACGUCCUCUUGGACUGUGCUAACAAGGUCGUUGUCUUCCCAGAUUCAGGCGUCACGGAUUACUUGAAUUCAUACACCUUGGGAAAGAGUUCACCAGCAUUUGUGAAUUCUAUCGUAGCUGAGGCGAAGAACGACAACGACGUACUCAACAUUAUGGUGGUGCAAGACUUUGUGGAUGUAUUUCCAGAUGAUGUGCCCGGAUUACCGCCAGUAAGAGAAACAGAGUUCUCUAUUGAUAUUAUGCCCGGCACGGGACCCAUAUCAAUGGCGCCUUAUCGGAUGGCACCAGCAGAGUUGACGGAGUUAGCAAAGCAGUUGGAUGAUCUCUCUUCCAAGGGAUUUAUCCGACCUAGUGUGUCGCCAUGGGGAGCACCUCUGCUGUUGGUGAAGAAGAAGGAUGGAGGUCCAGGUUGUGCGUAG